AUGGAAGGAUCGCCUGCGAUGUCGCAACUGAAACAGUUGGUCUUAGGUGAUGAUUCAACACCAUCAUCUCCAUGUGAAUCUACGAAAGUGAUCACAAAAGAGGAGCCAGUCAAUAUAAUCUUCGAAGACAAAGAAUUGGAAAAAACGCCUCUUGGUGAUGCCAUUGAUUCUCUAAUGGUCCGCUGGGCGCAACUUCUUUCAAAUGUCUCAUCGCGUGCACCUGUUCCAGCGCCAUCUACCAUUGAUCAUGUCAAAGAAGUUGUGGAAAUAUCGAUGUAUCAUUUUCGUGAUUCAUGCUUGGAUGUAUGCUCUGAAUUCACAAAAAUAGACCUGCAGUGGCAACUUGAUCAUCCAGAAGAGGUUUACGAGGAUGAACUAAAAGGGAUAGACGAUGCUCUUAUCCGUCAAGAAACAUUACUCGCUCGAGCUCAUGGAAUUUUAGACCGACGUAUUGAGAUGUGGCAUGAGGCUCGUCGUCAGGAGAAGCAGUUACGAGCGCGGAUUGUGGACUGCUCUAAAAGAGCGGAAAAGCGAAGAAGAUUCUACGACAGUGUUCGAAAGGAUCCGGACCAGUUCAUGCAACUGCAUGGCCGCAAAUGUAUUAUACACACAGAGAAGAGUAUCGCAAAGGCGGCAGAAGAUAGUAACAUAUUGCGGAAGUGGCAAGGAGAUCCUUCAGUUCUGAUUGAUCGUUUCGAUGUGCGCUCUCAUCUAGAUUUCAUUCCACCAGUUAAAAAGAAGUCUAUUGAACCUGACAGUGAGGACGAAAAACUUGAAAUGAUCUGUGAUUUCGAGCGAUAUCGAGUGCUGAUAAUCAACGAAUUCCGUGACGUUUCGGAAAAGGAUUAUCUGCGUAAAAUUGCGGAAAAAGAGUUCUGGAGAAUCCCGAAAGAUGAUCAACUGAAAUCUGAGCAUGACAAGAAGAAAAAGUCUGCGGAGUCCAAGGCGACCAUUGGAUUCAACUAUGAAAAUUCUGUAGUAGUGAAGAAGGAGAGCGGCGAUACUGAGGCUAAUGUCGAACUGGACCUCCGCGGCGCAGAUGCUGAAUCACAGCGUAGAGUGAAUUGCAUUGGAGAAGCAUAUGGUGUCCGUCGUGGUGGCUUUGCUGGACUCCUGAAUGCAGACGCUGUCGCGCGAGCCGAAACAGCUGAACUGCGGCGCAUCGACCGAGAAAAAGCGGCUCUCGCUGGACGAGAUUCAAAACACGAGCGUUUGCUGUUAAAGAAACAACGAGCACUUAUUGUGGGAAAGGGAUGCCCUGAUGAAGCUACGGUUUCACUUCUCAGCUUUGUGGAAAGUGCUGCUGCUAAGAAAAAAGCCAUCUUCGAAACGAGUUCAUCAAGUGAUUCUGAAGAGGAUACUCGACCGCAGUUCAUCACAACUUUUGGCAGUGACGAUCGUAGAGAUCUAGAUGAUGACGAGGAAAAACCUGCUGCCGUUCCUGUAGUCGGACCUCAGUUACCAACGAAUGAAUAUCGUCGCAUUUUUCAUCUUACCAAACGAGCGGAAAGUCCUGAUCAUUUGGCUGUGCACGAGGAUAGCACUGCGACAUCUCGCGAUGGUCGGUUCAGAAGAAGGAGCAGGUCAGGUCGCGCUCGAGAAGCAGCAGCAUUCAGCGGCGUCGGAAUCGUUCGCGUUCUUGUGAGAGACAGGGUCGAUCACGACAUUCACGUAGUCGAAGCAGGGAUCGGGGCGAUCACAAGCGAUGGAGUCGUUCCCGAUCGCAUGAGCGCAAGUCCCGCAGCAGCACUGAUAGACCUUUGUUUCGCGAUCGUCGAGAUGACUCUGCUCGUGGAACUUCGAUGCACCGCCGUGAUUCGCCUACAAAAUCCAAAUCGUUCAGACGAUGACAAUGAAGAUAUGUUGGAGAUACGAUCGAGCAUGUCCGAGUCCGAGAAGGAGCGAAUCGAAAUUGAAAACCGAAAACGUCGAAUAAAUCGAACAAAGAAGAUGGUGCGGGAGAAUCGUUGCGGUGGGAUCAAGGAAGCACAUGUUGAUUCGGAUGAAGAAGAAAAGAGAGAAAUCGCCCGCAAAAUAAAGCUGAAAAUGAAGAAAGCCCUUCGUCAAACUAUACGGGACGAAAUUUUAUAUGUCGAAGAAAUGGAGCGCAGAGAGAGGGAACGAGAACGGAGACGGGAGCGGAGAAGGCAGGAAGAAAGUUCACGCGAGGCAGAAAAAGAGAAGCGGCGUCGACGCAGCAGAAGUCGAAGCCGUGGAGAAGAAAAGGGACGAUCGCUUCUCAAGGAAAAGUCGCGACUACAGAUG